GCCAUGAUAUCGGACGUGCAGAAGGCCUGGGAGGCCUGCGAUAAGACCGACACUGUCUUCGUUCUCUGUUGCACGGUAUUCUGCUGGACCAUCAUUCCAGCUGUCGGCCUCGGCUAUUCUGGAUAUUCGACCAGACGAAGUGGUCUUGCGUCUUUCAUCCCAUCCGUGUUGACAGUCUGUGUUUGUUCCAUCCAAUGGUUCAUUUGGGGAUAUGCUCUUGCAUACGGAGAUGGACCAGGAGGGGUGAUUGGGGACCUCACUUAUGCCUUUCACCGAGGAGUUCUUGCCAAUCCGGUAGGGACCAUUCCAGCUCUACUGUUCAGUGAGUUCCAACUGGUCUUCCUGGCGACAGUCUGUGCCAUUAGUGUGGGAGGAGCUUGCGAGCGUGGUCGGAUCCUUCCAUUGAUACCGUUCAUCUUUGUUUGGGCAACUCUCAUCUACUGUCCUCUAGCUCACAUGGUCUGGGGUGGCGGUUUUCUGGGCGAGUUGGGAGUUCUGGACUUUGCUGGUGGCACACCUGUCCAUAUAUGCAGCGGUGCAACAGCUUCGGCGCUGAGCUUGUACCUGUCGUAUCCAAUUGCACGGUCGCGGACUUCACCAAACCGUACGCCUUCCCAUCUGAAGCUGCAUCGUCCACACAACUCGAUGUGCCAAGUCCUCGCAAUGAUUAUCAUUUGGGGAUCAUGGUUGGCUUUUGAUGCUGGCACCACUCUCAGCCUCACAUUCCAAUCUGUGAUGGCUCUUUGCGUGACGAAUCUGUGCGCGUCGGCUGGUUCAGUGACGUGGGCUUUGAUUACUUAUUAUGAGACUGGCAAAUGGUCUCUGGACAGCAUCUUCAUGGGGGCUAUUGCCGGCCUCGUCAUGAUUACUCCGGCAGCUGGCUUCAUCGACCUUCCCACGUCCUUGUUGUUUGGUGUCCUUGGUGCAGUGGUGUGCCGCCAGGCUCUGCGGAUCAAGUUCACAGACUUCGCUCGAAAAUGGAAGUGGGUUGAUAAUGGAGACACCUUCGCCACCCACUGCGUCGGUGGCUUCCUCGGUACGAUAUGUACUGGACUCUUUGCGCAGAAGGCAGUCGCAGGGUACGGAGGAGCUGAGGUCGCUGGCGGAGUAUUCUUUGAUGGCAAUAUCCGACAACUUGGGUUACAAAUUGUGGAGGCACUCAUUGGAUUUACCUGGUCCUUUGUUGGUUCAUACGUGAUCAUCGCUCUGAUCGAUUGUAUUCCGGGGCUCGAAUUUCUGGCAGAGGACAAGGAUGUCAAUAUCGGCAUGGACGCGUCCCAAAUGGACGAGAGUCUCUAUGAGGCGCAAUGGGCAGGUGAAGAAGAUUAUAAGCCUCUGGAAGGAGGACAUAUUGCUCUCGAUUGAGUAUUCUCCCAUCCGGCGACCGAUACUCUUCGUACGCCAUGAGGUGAGUACUGAGAGAAAAGCUCAAACACAAAAUGUGCAUAUUAACCGGAAGAUGCUGGCGGUGGGAAGAAAAGAACUGCCUUUGCAUGGAUUGAGUUAGACAUAGAACGGCAAGCUUGAGACACCAGACACAUGUGCAUGCGGCAGUCUCAACGGUGGCUUUGAUGCAUCCCAAAAGCAACAUGGGCAUUUUUCGAGGGAUUGGAGAGGCGCAUUGCAUGUUGAGAACCG